AUGGAAGCAGCUCCUCCUCCAGCGGCAACGGCAGCGGCAGCUUCUCGAGACCUGUCUCUAGCACUGUCACACUCACACAUGCCACCAUCUUCCUCUUAUUGGGCUGCAGCAGGAGAUGCUCUUCUUUCUUCUAGGGGUGCCGGCCAUGGUGGUGGGGCGAGGCUCUUCUCGUGCCUCUUCUGCGACAAGACCUUCCUCAAGUCGCAGGCGCUGGGGGGCCACCAGAACACGCACAAGAAGGAGAGGGCCGCCGGCAGAUGGCACGCCCACCUCUACCUCCCUGCGGUGGCGGGAGCAGCCACCCACGACAACCAGCCGGCCACCGUGACGUCCAUGCCACCGGUGACCCCGCCGCCCACGAGCACGCCCACUAGCUGGCUUGACGACGACCACGAGCAGCAGCAGCUUGAUUUUAGGCUCAGGCUCUACCUAGCAAGCUAG